AUGCCCUAUCCCCCUCCCCCCUCCCCUUUCACAACCAUCCCCAUCCUCUCCCUCCGCACCGCCCUCUCCCCAACCACCAAACCCGCCCUCCUAAGCGCGCUGCGCUCCCCCCUGCUCCACACGGGCUUCUUGUACCUUACCGACACGGGGCUGCCGGAGAGUCUUGUGGGGGCGGGGAAGGGCGCAGUGUGCCGCUUUUUUCGAGGACUUGCCGGUGGCGGAGAAGGAAAGGAUUGA